AUGUCGCGACGUGUUGUGAGAGCUUUGGUGUGUUUCUUUGCUUCGGUCGAGUCGGCCAAGGCCAAGGUUCUUUGGAGAAUGGGCAACAGCGGCGGAGAUCGGUCAUCCGACAAAGCGUUGGAGGAUGGCAAGGCCAUGUACACUUACGCAGAGGUUCACAAGUUCCCAGAUGGAGUUGCCGCCGAGAAGCUCGACGAGGCAGAUCUCGAGGUGACCGCACAUUCUGAGCCCUCCAUGAAGAAGGCAGUUGAAUCUAUCUUGGCCGCAAAAGAUGCUCUGCCGGUUUUUAAGGCACUUUUGAGUGACAUCAAAUCGCUGCAGAAGCAGAAGCCAAGCCAGAAGUUGGACCUCGAUGAAGUAGCGGAGAAAGUGCAGGCGGCAUCGGAUAAACUGACGGAGUCCAAGAUCGACCUUUUUCUGUGCAGCGUCCAGCAGAAAGUGACCGAGGCCAAAGACCCAGAUCUGGACAAUAGCAAUGCCCAUUUCAAGUGGAUUCUGGUGGUCGACCGGGAUGUGGCUCCUGACUUCAAGGCCCUGCACACGUACAUGCCGGUCGUUACUCCAAAGGCCACAGGCAAAGACAAGAACUGCGUCGUCAUGUAG